AUGUCAUCACCCGUGUUCGACAACACAGUGAUCUUGCCAACACCAUCAUACUCUACACCGGCCAUUCUACCGCACCCAUCCGAGAUUCCAAGUCCAGAUCUAUUCGAGGAUGAAUCACCACCCUGCUCUGCCCAACGGAUGGACGAACGCAUCGCCAACGCGUUCGGACAAGAGUGGACUCCACCUCCACCUACGCCAGCAAAACAAUAUCAACCUUGGUGGAACACUGGUCACCAAAAUCCCAUACCCAGCAUCGGGUCCGAGCUCCAAAGUCUGGCAAAUGACGCUCGAUCAACAACACGAGCUGAACAGGACUGUGCAACAUUGUUACGAAAUGAUCGUGCACAAGGCCAAAAGUUCACGAAUCUCAAACGAAAAGCCAGAGUAGACUUAAUCAAGGAACUCGUGGAAACCUAUGACGCACGAACACUUGCGGAACUCAAAGACGCCUUGAGUUACGACGAUCGUCUCAACCUUUACGCAGAACACGGCCCCAGUUGGAAAGAAACAGCCGAACUAACGUGCGAAGCGUAUGUGGAGAGAUUACGAAAAGAACAAGAAACCACUUCACUUCAUGAAUACAUAUCCAGAAACAACCAUAGCCGGACGUGCCAAAAACCCAGAUCAACAGAAGAAGGAUGUCGCUGGCUAGACAGACUACUAGCCGUGAACAACAUUGACAAAACCCGAUUCCUAACACAAAUAAGUAACAUAAUGAACAAAAGAGAACAGAGAAUCAAUGCCUUGGUUAUUCAAGGCCCAACGACCACAGGUAACUUGUAA